UGAAGUUUGACGUCGCUAAUAGUCAUAGAUACCGAUUUGGCGAUUCCGCACUGGGGCUUUUUCUGUUAGUUUUCCAUUAUCUUCUUGUAAAUCGUAAUCCCACACGCGCAAACGACACGACCACGACCAGCUGUCUCUCCCUCACUUCCGAAUCCUUCCUUCUCCAUUUCUGCUCUUCACCACCCCGAUCCACCGGCAUAACAAAAACCCACCUCUCUCUCUCUUCGAUGGCGACCCAGAAUCCAGCGAGAGCUUGGAGCCCGGUGGUGCUGAAAACAGGUCUGACGGUGAUCGCGCUCUGCAUAGCAGGCUACAUUGUGGGUCCACCCCUUUACUGGCACUUCAUGGAGGGUUUGGCCGCCGUUAGCCAUUCAUCUUCUUCUUGCCCGUCUUGCAACUGCGAUUGCUCUUCUCAGCCCCUCCUCUCCAUCCCUCUCGAAUUGAGCAACAAUUCCUUUACAGACUGUGCAAAGCGUGACCCUGAGGUGAGUGAAGACACUGAGAAGAACUUUGCUGACCUAUUGGCGGAGGAACUGAAGUUACGGGAGGCAGAAGCUUCGGAACAACAGCGACGGGGAGACAUGGCUCUGUUAGAGGCUAAGAAGGUUACUUCCCAAUAUCUGAAGGAAGCAGACAAGUGCACUUCAGGAAUGGAAACGUGUGAAGAAGCAAGAGAGAAAGCUGAGGCAGCAUUAGCAUCACAGAAGAGAAUAACAGCAAUUUGGGAGCAAAGGGCUCGUCAGAGAGGAUGGAAAGAAGGGAUGGCCAAGUCUCGAGCUCAAUCGCAGGGAAAUGUCCAGUCGGCAUAAUUGAAGCACCGGGAUGUAUGGAACAGCCAAAGGCUUUGUUCACAUGCUGAUUUCCUUCUCACCUUCACAGGGGGAGUUAAUAUCAUUAGUCCGAUAUGCUAUAUUUACCAACUCAAGAGUUAUUUGUUGCCAUCACUAGUCAAAGUAUAGUAAAUCUUUUAUUGUCAUCUUGCGUAUUAAGAAAAUGUCAAUUUUCAACUCAUUCUAUUGAAAAUUCCACUUGCAAGACCCGGAAAUUGAGAGCUGUAUUUAUAUGUGAGAAUGGAAUGCAAUCUACAGACUCUUUCCAGA